CUCUUCUCCCUCGUCCCGCAGCCUCCAUACCCGUCAUGAAUCGCAUUUUCGGCUCUUCAGCGAGCAAGAAACCCAAGCCUACCUUACAAGAUGCUAUUGCGGCGACCGAUGUUAGAAUUGCUGCGAUCGAGGUCAAAGUGAAGAAGCUAGACGGAGAACUUGGCAGAUACAAAGAACAGAUGUCUAAAUUGCGGAACGGGCCAGGAAAGGACGCGGUCCAACAGCGCGCAAUCCGCACGCUCAGGCAGAAGCGCCUGUACGAAUCCCAACUCGCCCAGCUCGCGCAGCAGACGUUCAAUAUGGAGUCUGCAGCGCUAACGACGGAGAACCUGCGCAAUACCAUGGCUACUUUCGAUGCCAUGCAGGUGGCAAACAAGGAGAUGAAGAAACAGUAUGGAAAGAUUGAUAUUGACAAAAUCGAGGCGAUGCAUUAUGACAUGGAGGAUUUACUCGAACAGAGCAACGAGAUUCAAGAGAUGAUGGGUCGUUCGUAUGCUGUUCCGGACGAGAUUGAUGAGGCAGACCUUGAAGCUGAACUGGAUGCGCUGGCUUUGGAAGAAGAAGAAGAGGGCACUUCCUACCUUGCUGAUUUGAACAAAGUUCCAGACUUUGUCGAUGAAGCGCCAGUAGAAGUCUCUGAAUCGUCUGCCCCUCAGGCGGUCAAAACAACGUGGUAGAGGACUCAACUUUUGUAAGAUCACUGUAUAUUUCUUUACUCCGGAUAUAUUGUAUUUGCGUCCUUGUGAAUCUACUGCUUGAGUU